UAAACAGUAUGACAGAUGUCUAAUGCCGGAAGAAAGGGAUAGAUUUGCUUGUUUGAUGCUGACCAGCUGAAGUAUUUCUCGAACCAAGAGUAAAAACCACAACCUAAGGCAUAAUAAUGGUGACGGACGUGCAGCUGGCCAUAUUUGCCAACAUGCUUGGCGUGUCGUUGUUCUUGCUGGUUGUGUUGUAUCACUAUGUAGCUGUGAAUAACCCCAAGAAGCAAGAGUAGAGUCCUCCAAUGACAGAGGUGAGAGAGGACUCGAUGCCACCAAGGAAACAUUCCCCACUUCCAGUCCCAAAAGAUGGAUUUCUUUCGACGGUUGUAGCGUUAUUUUCUAAUAAAAAUGUGUGAUGCCAUUUGCA